CGUUCCGUGUCAGGUUUAGAUGCGGUGACACCAGAUGAUGCAACAUGGAUUUUGACAUCUUCUUUUGUAAUAUUUACAAUGCAAACUGGGUUUGGACUUCUUGAAUCAGGAGCUGUUACUAAAAAAAAUGAAGUUAACAUUCUUAUGAAAAAUGCUGCUGAUGUAGUACUUGGAGGACUUUCCUAUUGGAUGUUUGGAUUCGGUUUUCAGUACGGGAAAGGCCCAGGCACUUCGUACUUUUGUGGCAUUGGUUCCUUCUUCCUUGACUCAGAACCAGACAAUAUGGGAGUGGUUUUCGCCACAUUUAUUUUUCAGUUAUCUUUCGCUACAACUGCUACAACAAUUGUGUCGGGAGCAAUGGCAGAAAGAACAGAUUUUCAUGCAUACUGUAUAUUUUCGUUUCUGAAUACAUUGACUUACUGUAUACCAGCGGGAUGGCUUUGGGCCGAGCAUGGAUUUCUCAAGCUUUUUGGUGCUCUGGAUUUUGCUGGUUCAUGUGCAGUGCAUCUUACUGGAGGUGCAUCAGCUCUGGUGGCAGCAAUGAUGCUCAAACCGCGGUUACGACGGUAUGAUAACGGGCCAGAUCCAUUACCUAUGGGCAACCCUGGAAAUGCUUUAGUUGGCACUUUUACAUUAUGGUGGGGAUGGUUAGUGUUCAACUGUGGCAGUUCUUUUGGGAUUUCAGGCGACAAAUGGCAUUAUGCAGGAAGGUCUGCUGUUAAUACAAUAAAUGCAUCACUUGGUGGAGGUCUAGCAGGAUUAAUAUAUUCCUAUGCGAAGAAUAGACUCUUCCUUGUCAGCGAUCUGAUAAAUUCUAUUCUAGGAGCUUUGGUUGCUGUUACAGCUGGCUCUGGUUUUCUCCGUGCAUGGGAAGCUCUUAUGGUCGGAAUGAUUGGUGCUUUUCUUGUCAACCUGGUGCCGCCUGUCAUGGAUAAGUACCAUAUUGACGAUCCUGUGGGUGCAGUAGCCGUGCAUGCCAUGGGUGGACUAUGGGGCAUGAUUGCUGUAGGUCUUUUCAUCGACAACGACAGUCUCCUAAACUUAACGCAAGGACGCAGUGGUCUUUUUAAAGGAGGAGGUUUUUACCUUCUUUCUGUACAAUUGCUAUCCUGCUUACUUGUUGGGGCUUGGAGUAUGCUAACGACAUAUAUAAUUUUGAAGGCUAUCAACUGCUUUAUUCCCAUACGCCUUGCUCCGUCUGAAGAAAUCCUAGGUGCAGAUUUCGUGGAGCAUGAUGUGCGACAUGAAGGUUACGAUUACGAGGCCAUGAUGGUUGAAUUAGAACGCCUGGGAUUAAAGCUUCGUCAUCCACGAACACACACUCCUCCAAGAAGUCAGUGGGAUGAGCAUCUCAUUCUUCAGUACAUCGAGAAAGUUUUGGUAAAGUGUGAGAGCAAAGAUUCGUCAAAUGAUCCUUUAACAACCGGAGGAACUUCUUCACCCAAUAUUCCGGAUCAUUUCUUUAUCCGGCAAGAACGGAGGAGUGAUGGAUGUUUAUUGUCAUAA